CUUGUCGAUUAGGUACAUAGCCGAUAGGAUCAGCCCAAUUCCCCUCACGGAAACUCUAGCCCAAUUCCUUAUCUGAGGGGAACCAUCUCCAAUCAGCUCAAAAUCUAGUCAUGUUUUGUUCAUCACCGUAACAACUGUUGCGCCUUGAAUCAUUCAGAUACAAACCAAACUCUUUCAUCCAGAUCUCCAGUGGAUUUCGGUGGAUUUCAUACUCCCCAUGUACAGAAGUGGGAUAUCCACCAACUCCCGACCCCAGACUGUGAUGAAAGCCCCGCCAUUCAUUUCCAUUACACAUAGGAUCCGUUUGCUCAUAGCCUGAACUUAAGACGACAUGCCACGGCCUCGAAUAAGAGCAGAAGACCGGCAGCGUGCAAUCAAAGCAUGUAUUCCCUGCAAAGCAUCCAAGAAGCGAUGUGAUUCUAAAAUCCCAUGUGGGCCGUGUGUCCGGCGGACAUGCGAAUCGGCGUGCAUAUACACAGAAGGCAGGCAGAAGAAACGACGGAUAUCGACAAAUUCUCAGAUAAAUGAUGGUGAUGGACCGUCACAGCUUUCUGAUAAUACGUUGACGACAAAUCAUCCUGGCUCUCAUAGAACUUUAAGCAUCAGCUCCACCCUGCCAGAUCGGCGUCAGAUCAACGACGGACCAGUUGUUGGUGAUCAAGUCUUCGUCGAUGGGAGCUAUGAUUUCAAUGAUCAUAACGAUGAAGAUGUAAUUGAUCCUGAGAUUGGAGGGGGUCCUUCCUUGCACAAUUUUGCUGCCGACCCCGCACCAGUGGAGGAGAAUUCUGCUCCUCGAAGUCGACUGCUGUUCAAUGCCAAAGGAGAAAAAGUCUACGUUGGAAAUGCUGCGGCGCUGGCAUUCUUACAGUUUCUCCGUCAAAUCCUCUCCAAGCACAUGGGCCCGUCCCAUUUCACGGAGAACAGACUAGGAAAUGUCAUGCUUGAAGCUCAAAUCGCAGGCGAAGGAUUACCAGAUUUUGAGGAAGACCUUGAGCAGAAACGGAUCUUGGUUGACAAUUUCUUCCUUGCAUCAAGCGGUAUACUAGACCUCUACACGAGAUCUGACUUAUACGAUCUACUCACUGAUAUGAAUAACAUGAAUGAGAGCAUAGGCUUACUCUAUCUUGUGUUUGCUAUUGGGGGUCAAUGCCGAAUAUCGAACCCUCUCAGCUUGAAUUUUUCACAAACAUACUUUUCCCGUGGUCAGAAGAUUGCAUUUGAAGGAAUGUUAGAAGACCCGGGCAUCCGAUUGAUACAUUCCUUUCUGCUCAUGGCAUUUUAUCUGCUCGGAGCAUGUCGCAGAAAUGCUGCUUUCAUGUACCUCGGCAUCGCUGCAAGAGCAGCACAUGCAUUGGGACUUCAUGACGCAGACCAGUAUUCUGCACUUUCUCGUUCAGAGAAAAGCCUGCGUUUACGAACAUGGAAAAGUCUGCGAAUAUUAGAUGUGAUGACCAGCUCCAUUCUCGCGAGGCCAUCUGCUUCACUCUCGACAAGGCCUGACACAGCUAUCACAAUGUUGAAUGGAGGCGAUUAUAGCUAUUCGAAAACAGCUACGAACGCAAAUUUCGAGAUCUGUUCGAUUAUCGAAGAAGUACUUCAGUACAUCAUGCAACAAACUACCCUGGAUUCCGAAGCAACGCAGGCCUUGCUACAAAAACUUAGUACAUGGAGUGCAACAAAUUUGUCCCCAGAAAUGCGGGUCUGCUCCGUUGGAACGUCAAUCGGGUCAACGGAGCACGAAAAGGUGCUCGGGAAUAUUCACACCGCUUGUCUGUACUAUUUCACCGUCAUGCUUCUCACUCGGCCAUUCUUGAUACGGUACUUGAUGUCAAGGCUUUCAUCCAAGUCCAAUAUCACCAUUGAUGUCGGUUCUGAGCCGGCCAACUUAUCGGCCUUGGCGCAAGCGUCUAUCGAUGUGGCCGUCUAUAUGGCACAGACCUGUCAGAAUGCCAUGUCAGCAGGCCUGAUUAUUGAUAACAUGUGUAUUCUGAAGGCGUGGAUCUUUGCGGCAGGCCUUGUGCUCGGUUUCACCCUAUUUGCCAACAUCGAAGUGAGUUCCGAAGUAGAAAAUGCAUUCACCGGUGUCCGAGACGUACUCAAAAAACUUUCUCUCCAAAGUCCCCAAGCAGAGCACUAUCACGACGUCUUGAGCAGUUUCUCUGAGGCCAUAAUCAAACGCCGAAAGCAGAUCGCCCAGGAAAGGCGACGAGCAACAAGUCAAUACGUCGAUCGAAUUCUUGUACUUGAUGUACAGAGUGACCAACAGCAGCAACAAACUAGUCCAAUUUCUGCCGAUGCCGACUUUUCGAGGAUUGAAGCUGAUAGUAUUGAGAAGUGGUGGAAUUCGGAGUUUCCGUUUGCGCCGGAGAAUACGGAUGUUCUUACUGCGGACUGGGAUACUUUUGCUUUGCAGAUAUCUGAGAACUUUACGUUUGAUAAUGAAGCAGCUGGGGGUCUGUUCACUGGCAUGUGAGCUUGUUAUUGUUUGAAGCAAUUAUGUAGGGUUUUGUUGGACAAGGUCAAUUUCCUCUAGCGUUCUGCUUUUGACGACUGGAGAUACCCCAUGGGGGUGACGAACAGAAAGGCCUAGUAUCAUCCAGUACAUGUUUUGAAUACAUUUCCGAACAUUCGAUGUUGCCCUCAUCCUCGUUUCACCAGAACAAGACGCGAAAUCUUAUUACUUCGAUUUUCCCUCCUCGUAAUAUUCUGGAUAGCUAUCCUUGUACCCCAGCAUAAAUUUUCCCCAAAACGCAACCACAAUAAGAAAGAUCCGACUAACAAUCACCCCCAACCGUUCGUUGGGCAAUGGUAUUGCCAACGGCGUAUCCGCACUAUGCAAGAAAACAAGCAAUUGGAAAAGACUAGGCGCCGUCUUCGACUUCUUACAAUCAUCCAAAUACCCGAAGAAGUUUCUAAAGAACUUUUGCUCGUUCUCAUACGCUUCCGGUGUCAGGUGAAUAUCAAGAACCAAUUUUUCUGUCUCCGAGGCAUUUUCAAACCGAUGGUACCUCCCUGCCGGGAUCGUGACUGUCUUUGGAGCAUCUGGUUCUUCGGAUACUGUUACGAAUGGUUUUGGAUCAAGUCCAAGGUAGAAAUUGCCUGUCCCCGAACGGAGAUUGAAGUAUUCGAUUUGGUAGAUGUGGAGGUGAAACGGAGGCUGCAGAAUUGAUGGCUCUUUCCCAGAUGCAUUUGGAGGGAGUUGGUGGGUCAUUAUGUACUUGGAAUUAGGUGCGUGGAACUCAACGGACGCGAUACCACCCUCGUAUGUGAUGGGGUUGUGGCUGGCGGUGUUUGUUCGAGGGGGAGGAGUGGCUCGGAGGAAGGAGAGCAUGAUGGAUGGCGAUAGGGUUUUGAAAGCAAAAAUGCAAUUGUUUUUAAGCGCUUCCAGAAAAGGCGAAAUUGAAGUGAGAAUCGAAGUCCAAUCUUUAUUAAAUAAUAUCGAUGUAUUUGAAGCACAUACGAAGAUUCGAA